AUGACCAAACUGACCCUCAUCGUUGCUGCAACACUCACAAAUGGUAUCGGCCAGAAUUCACGUCUCCCAUGGCGGCUAUCCAAAGAGAUGCGAUACUUUGCGCGGGUCACAUCAAACGCGCCCGAAGGCAGCGCGAACGCGGUGCUCAUGGGCAAAAAUACAUGGGAGAGCAUCCCGACAAAGUUCAGACCCCUAUCGAAGCGCAUAAACGUCGUGAUAAGUAGCAAUAAGCGAUACGAGCUAAUGCCAGUGGACGCACCCACCCCACCAGCACCUGUCUACUUGCACUCCUCUCUAGAAACCGCGUUGGACAGGCUAUCACAUCCAGAGAAACUGCAUAUUUCCAUACACCGAUCAUUCGUCAUCGGCGGUGCGGCAUUAUAUCGUGACACGCUGCAUCUCCCGCCGUCUUCAGAGUCGUUCGUGGACCGCAUCCUGCUCACACGCAUACUGUCCCCGGCCUUUGAAGAAUGCGAUGUAUACAUGCCGGACUUCCGGGCGAUGGAGGAAGCAAACACAGAAACGGCCCGGUGGAGGAAAGCAUCGCACAAGGAGCUGCAGGAUUGGGUAGGGUUCGAGGUGCCGGAGGGAGUACAGGAGGAAAAUGGAAUACAGUAUGAGUUUCAGAUGUGGGUACGCUGAACCCCUUCCAAUCUAUUCCGCGUAAGUGUCAGCGACCGCAUCCCACAGUCGUAAGUUUUGUGGUCUUGCGGGAAGGUGAAUAGUCGCCACUAGCAGAACCGUCAUCCUUGUCGCUGCUUAUGCUUCGGAUUCUUAGAACAUAUGAUGUAGAUCCUGCCCUUGCGCUUGACGACGGAGCACCCAUCGCACAUCCGCUUCACAGACGACCGGACCUUCAUCCCUCUCGCCAACAUUGGUGUCGCCUGCAUGGUUGCAGGGAUUAAUAAAUGCGCGUGAUUGUGCACAUGAGGACCGGCGGACGCCCGAAGACGUGAAAGCAAAGGCCUGCUGGAGGAUAGGAGUGCGCGAAACAUGUUGGGCGUCGAG